AUGGUUCGCAUUAUUUCCCCUGUGGUAGUACAGGAAAUCACCAACAUAACAAGGGGCCAAUCAGAUUGCACUAAAAUUGUUCACUCCCACUUCAAAUCAUUACAUCAAGACGAAUCAUCUUCUGACGCAGUCUAAAUUUCAGUGAUCUCAAGUGGAAUAACAUGAAAAUGCUGAUUAUAUUGUAUUUCAUGCUGAUGCUCAGUGUGGGGCGAUGCACAGAUGAUCAGAUCUUUGAGACAACGACUGUUGGUGUUGGAGAAUAUGUGACACUAAAAUGUCCCUGCAAGUCUUUUCAAAGCAUGUAUUGGAUCCGGCUCAUUCCUGGAAACCUUCCUGAAGUCUUAGGAAAAGCACUUAACUCUAAGGGUGUCGAUUCUCGCAUUAUAACCACAGAAGAAUCAAGAACAUUUGUUCUGCGUAUUAAAAACACAAAGCUAAGUGAUACUGGAGUUUACUUCUGCAUGCAAAUGCAAAACAUCUUGACAUUUCUGAAAGGAGCAGACCUGAAAGUUGAAGAACCUGAUACGACUGCAGUCCCUCCAUCUGAUCCAGUCCGUCCUGGAGGGUCUGUGACUGUGACGCAGAGUUCAGUCCUCUCUGACUCUGAGAACACAACAGGUCCAGAAGAACAGACUGUGUGCUGUUUCAGAUCUGAAUCAGAUGAAUGUCAUCUGAACUUUACUAACAUUCCAGGAAACAAUGUUGAAGAAUAUGAAGUCAACAUGAGGGAUUCGAAGAGGACAACUAUGAUUUUGUUUCCACUUGGUGCUUCUUUAGUUAUAAGCCUGAUUAUUAUAGCUUUCAUCCUUGAUUCCGGGAAGGUCUGUAAUUGUUACACUGGCACUGUACGCACUAGUGGACUGCAAAAUCGUGAUUUAAAGCAGUUUAAGAGGAAUGAGGACACGUGGGUUUACUCUUCUGUCGUGUUUACCGUAAUGAAAACUGGCAGUGGUGGAAUGGCGGACGCAAAAUCAGCAGAGAGAGAGAGGAUCUACGCUGCUGUCAAAGCUUUUCAGUUGGAUUAGCAGCUCAGACAAAAUUCUCUGUGUAAACUGGGUUAUUAUAGAUCACUUGACCUGGAAAAAGAAAUGUUUUAGAUGAUGAACAAUCAGCUUGUCCAAUUCUGUUGAUUAUGGACAUAAUUGGAAGUGGAAAAUGGGUCUGGUCAUUAACACCUAUAACAGUCAUUUUAUUUUUAUGUGAUUUGACAUUGUCCACAUUUUAAAUCACAGUUAAAGAAUAAGUGUGGUAUCAUCAGAUGGUCUUCGUUUGAAGACAAGAAGACGAUAGAUGCAUAAUCAGUGAAGCCUGCAAAAUGAUUAGCAGUUCCAUUUUUACCAGCUAAUGUUUUUCAUUCAACAAGCUAAGGUGCAGAACAACAGCUGUAUUGAUAUGUUAAGUUAGAUAAGACAGGAAAGCGAAUAUGUGUUCAACUCCUGAUGUUAUGGCUUUAUGCAAGAUUUGAUUGGCUUUAUUCAAAUAAAAUAUAAAUCUUUUGACAAAAUAAUUCAAAACAAAGGAGAAAACAGGACAAUGGAUUUAUAGAGCAGAUUUGUAUGUUAUU